AUGGAAUCUAAAUUUAAAUUAUAUAGAGAUAAGGACCAUAGAAUGAAGUUAUUAAUAAGUAUAAUAUUCUUGUAUAAUCCAGCCUAAAAUUUGAAAGUAUAUAAAUUGAAUGAAAAUAAUGGCUAAUAGUAAAAGGAUAGCAAUGGCAAAGAGCAAAACUGA